AUGGAUUAUGGGCGCAAUGACUCUGAGCCAAGAAGAAGUGGAUCGUUUAGUAGAAUUAGCAGUACAAAUUCUUCUUUUAGACGUCAGUCUUUCAAUUUUUCAGGAGGUGGCCACCAUGAAGCUGACGAUGACAGUGUCUCAGAGGCCGGAGAUAUUGGAGAUAGGGAACUUAAUAGUAAAAGAUAUAGUGGGAGUGGCAGGUCCAAGUUUUCUUUUGAGAAUCUUGCAGAACGUCCGAUAGUUCCCAUUGAAGAACAUUCUCUUAAAGAAUCACAACUUCCAACUGCCUCACCGGAUCCAAUACUGCAUGACAAGGAACAGUGUGAAGAGUGCAAAAAAGAGUUGCCAUGGUUCUUGACGUAUGUGUCAUCACGUAUUCAUCUUGCUGUACUAGGCAUUCUUGGGGUAUUGACAAGGUACCUACUGGAAAAAUUAUUUGGUCCAGACGUGGGUGGUGCCACAAGUGAUCAGAGCUAUAUGUAUGUUGAUCUUCCUCCCAAUAUGGUCGGUUCAUUCUUGAUGGGCUGGUUUGGUACUGUUUUCAAAGGAGAUAUAUCCAAAUUUUCUACUGAGUUAGCUGUCGGGUUGACAACAGGUUACCUGGGUAGUCUCACCACAUUUAGUGGCUGGAAUCAGAAAAUGCUUGAGCUUAGUGUUAACGAUCGUUGGCUAUUCUCUGUGCUUGGUUUUUUGAUAGGUUUAUCUCUGGUUUUCUGUUCCUUCAUAUAUGGGGUUGGGACUGCUAAAGUUUUCAAGCGUGCUUUAAUCAAGACAAACCUAGGUUCCAAGUGUUAUCUCUAUAAAGUAAAUAACGUCAUGAGUCAAAGUAUAUUAAUAGUUGUGAUGGUAAUUCUGUGGGGAUUGCUAUUGGGUGUGAGUGUCGUUUUGCUAAAGAAAGGUUUUAAUGGUGAUAGCAGUACAAGUUACUUGUGGUUCGGUUGUAUAGUUGGACCAGUUGGUGUAUGGAUCAGGUUCUAUCUAGCAAAACUCAAUGGACAGGGUUUAGGAAAAACGGAGAUUAUGAAAUGGAUGCCUUUUGGAACAUUAAUUGCCAAUGUAGCUGCUUCAUGUAUCAUGGCAGCCUUUGCAACAUUGAAGAAAGACGUGAAGGGAAAACAUUUUGAUAUUGUGGCAACAGGGAUACAAUUCGGUUUAUGUGGUUGUUUGAGUACUGUUUCUACCUUCAUUGCUGAGUUUGGUGCCAUGAUAGAUAGUACACAUCCUUGGCGAGCAUGUGUAUAUGCAUUGACGACUAUAAUCAUAUCAUUUACACUGGGUACCCUCAUUUACUCAGUUCCUGUAUGGACCAAAGGUUGGUCAUAGUCAGGUAGGUAUAUUUUUAUUUGCCAUAACAAAUAUACCUUUGAGCUUCACCACUAUUUGGUUCGCUCUUAAGUGAAUCUAAAGAAAACCAACCCCGAGUAGCUUGACUCAAAGUGAU